AUGCUCGAUGAGAAUUACUUGAUCUCCCAACUCUAUUCUGUUUCGAACGAUCCAAUCCGUGCCAUCGUCUCACUCAAGUUGGAGCUCAUUCAGCGACAUCGAAAGUUAUCCUCCUCAAGCUCAAUCCUCACUCCACUUGCCCAAUCACCCUCAUGCUCAACAUCACCAGCACUGAAACCCCCACCACCUCAAACCGACCAUCAUCAUCCUCAUCCACCUCAUCUACGUGCUCAUCGACCACUCAAUCAUCUCAACUCAUCCACCUCAUCCACCACCUCCGCCUCAUCAGCCUCAUCCUCCUCUUGCUUCGAAUUCCCUUACUAUCGCCUCCGUCGUCCGUCGCCUCCCUCGGAAUUGACAUCAACAACCAGUAACAACAUCCCCGAGCCGGCCGAUCAACAAGCCUCUCUGCCUAACUCGACCCUCUCCACCCAUCCAUCCAAGCUCGAUAACAUCCCUUCCGCCCGUCUCCCACUCACCAUCGACUUCAAACUCACCCAUCAACCUCAUCUCUUGCCCUCCCAAAUCAACCACCCCAAACAACAUAAACACUCCCAUCGCUCCCAUCUCUCGACGACCACUAUCACUGCACUCUCGCCCCCCUUGGCCCCUUCAUCCCCGAUCAACCAUCCCUGCGAGAAUAUUAACUCGUACUCUUAUCAGCUUGGAAAACAACAACAACAUCAACACGAUCACGUCCAUGAUGAUCAUUCCUUUGACAACAACGCUCAGGACGAGAACGAUGACGCAAAUAAUCAAGAUGAUGAUGAUGAUCAACAAGAACACGAAGAAGAAGAAGAAGAUGAUGAUGAUAAACAAGCAAGUUUAGAGAAGAAAUGGAAGAAGCAUGGGACGUUUGAUGGGGCCAAAGAAAGCGACCCGACGAUGAAGGCGAUCGAGUUAUUGAUCAAGAUAGCCGAGCGGAUGAUAGAUGCGGAGUCGUCGAUGCAAGAAGACGCGGGCUCGACGGGGCCUCAGACGUUAGGAGGAGGAGGAGGAGGGGAGAAGCGGAUGGAGGAGGAAGGAUUUGAGCUGGAACGACCGCUGACGGCGCAUGCGGAAAGCAUUCCGAUGGGAGGGAUCGAGGGAGGAGGGGAGGAAGAAGACUUAUCGACGUAUCGGUGCGACACCUGUCAACGGGUCUUCACGCCCUUGGAUCCCGAAAGCUACUCGAAAGCAUCCACGCCCGCCCACGAACGGCCCAACUACUCCAGAGCCUCCUCGAUCUCGCACAUGUUCUUCAUGGACCAUCCCUCGGCCCUUGACGAACUCUCCUCCCUCGACCAUUCUCGCCAGAGCUCCGCAUCCGAACCCAUCCAUUAUCGCAGACGCGGAUCCCUCUCCUCCAGACCCGGCUCCAUCUCCUCCACUACUGCCGACGAAAGCGAACAGAUUCGUAGACUCAAGGCGUCCAUUAAAGCGAUCGCUAAAGUCUGUCGAGCAUUAAGGAAUGGAGAUCUCACCCAAAUGAUCAACGAAGAUGUGGCGACCCCAGACCUAGAGAACCUGAAGGGAGACGUCAACAGUCUGGUCCGCCGGCUGCGCAAGUUCACCUCCCAGGUCUUCAAGGUCUGCUCGGACGUCGGCCAGAAAGGGCUGCUCGGCAAACAGGCGGACUUGGAGGAAUCCGCGGGGAUUUGGAGGAAGAUGUUGGUGGACGUUAAUAGUUUGGCUAGUAAUCUGAGCGCUCAAGUCAGGGAUAUCUCCGAAGUCACUACCGCCGUCGCGAAGGGAGACUUUUCGAGGAAAAUCGAGGUCCAGGCUGAGGGCGAAAUCUUACAAGCUAAAAACACUGUCAAUAAGAUGGUCGAUCAAUUAAAUUCAUUUGCCACUGAAGUAGCCCGGAUCGCCCAAAUGGUUGGUACGGAUGGGAUCCUUGAUCAACAGAUUACAGUCGAUGGAGUCGAGGGCGUCUGGAAGGACUUAACCGAUAGCGUGAACUCGAUGGCCAGUAACCUGACCUCUCAAGUCCGAAGUAUUUCUGCUGUCACCUCCGCCAUCGCCAAGGGCGAUCUUAGCCAACAGAUCGAGGUAGAGGCUAAAGGAGAGAUGGCCGAUUUAAAGAAAACGGUUAACUCGAUGGUUGACACUCUUAAAGUGAUCCUUGAAGAGGUCGGACGGGUGGCUCGUGAAGUAGGCGUCGAAGAAAAUUGA